AUGAAGACUUUUACCGUACUCGCUCUUCUGGCCACUGUGGCUUCUGCUCAGCUUCCCAAUAUCCCGACAUGCGCACUCCAAUGUUUCCUCGGCGCCCUCACCUCCGACGGCUGCAGCUCCCUCACAGACUUCGCCUGCCACUGCAGCAAGACGGACCUGAUCCCCAAAGUCCAACCGUGCAUCCAGACCGGCUGCUCCGCUGAGGAUCAAGCCGCCGUCAUGAAAGCCGCCACAGAAGCCUGCGCCGCAGCCGGCGUCCCCAUCGCGGUUCCCGCCGCCGCUCCACCGGCCGCCAUGACCCCUGCUCCCGCGGCGGAGGAGGCCCCGGCGGCAUCGAUCGCUGCUACAGAGGCGCCAAUGUCUACUGAUGCUUACGGUGCUACUAUCAUGACGACUACCACGCGUACCAGCAUCAGCGGGGUUGUUGUCACGGCUACGUUGAGCUCGGGAAUGGCUGCUGCGUCGUACUCUGCCGGCAACGCUACGGGCAACGCGACUUCUGCGACGCCAGCUUCGUUCACGGGUGCGGCGGAACGAAGGGGCGUGGCUGUUGGAGGGUUGGUAGGGCUGUUUGCGGGUGUGAUUGGUAUUGCGGCGUUGUGA